CGCAGGCUCGUACGCAGGUACGCUAACCGAGGGAAUCACAUGUACGAUUGUCGGGGGAUAUUCUAAGUUUAAUAUAUAGGAUUUGAAGUUUUUCUGAUAUAUGAUACUUAGACUGGGAAUAAAUUAGUCGACUGGUAUAUAUAAGUGACAAACAGUAAAGGAUGUCAUUUUACCUGUUACAGGUAGACAAGACAAGUACAUUUUACUCAAAUUAACAAUGUGGACAGGUGUAAUUGCACUUUUUCUUUGACUUUUAAACGUUUUUACCUGAAGGUGUUUUCCGGUGUACCUCAAUCAGCUGUUAUCCUAGAAAUCAUUGAACGAUCUCAACAGAUUCCAAAUCUCAAGGCUAUUCGUUUUAUCAGAGACAACUGAAAAAAAAUACGACGGACAGAGUUGGACAUCAGUGAACAGAAAAACACUUUUUACUUAUUUCGGACAUAAUAAUCUAUUACGCUGGAUUCCCUAAUAGGAGAAACGAUGAUUUACACACUGACUCAACCCAUGAGCCCGAGCCCGGGGCUCCACAGUGCUGGAGUUAGUCCGGUAGUCAGUCCAGUAGUCAGUCCAAAUGUUAGUCCCAUCACCACCGUCUCGCCGAUGUCUCUUACCCCCGGGAUCAUGCAUUUGAUAAAUUAUGGAGACAAGGAUCUGGGAUUGUUACUUUCUCAACGUAUGGAAUUGGUAUGGCACGGUGAAUUUGAACGAUUAUUUGCACAGUAUUUCCCCCAUGGUUGGCAGUUAAUACCAACAUUUAACCCACCAACAGACGGCUGGAGAAUAUUCAAAGACAGUGCCAAAGUUAGAUUCUCUUGUCAGGACUGCGGACAUGGAUGGACAUCAAUGAAAGGCAGAGUUAUAUUUUGGUUCAAUCUAAACUAUGGAGCAAAUUCUGGACUUGUCAUGUUUAAACUGUACGGACAGCAAUGCCAAAGAUGUAAGAAUGGAAAAUAUGAACAUGCAAUGUGGUACCCAGAAGAAGUUGUGAAGGUACUAGGAAACGUAUACAAUAGGGUAGGACAAAUAUACUACGGAUUUGUGCGUCCUCCAUUACGGAUUGACAGACGCGCAGGAAAACCACGCAACCAGCACAAUGCAGAACUAUGUCAAGCCUGCAAAGAUGGCCUCUGUAGAGAGGAAUGGUCGUUUUCCUGACGACAGGGAAUGAUAGACUGUACAUCAAAGUGACGUCUGCUCGAAAACAAUCAAAGUUCGAUAACCCUUGUCAGGACAUUCGUGCUAAAUGUGAGAGUGAAAGCUGGUGCAGAUAUGUGAAGAUUAGUUUGUUUACAUAAUGUAAUGUCUCUUUUUACGUCUUCCAUUGUGUCAUAAACUCAAUUAAUUUCCAUAGUUUUUGUCUAGUAUUUUUGUGGUUGACGUGAAUUAACAUGUUUGUUACAUAGCUGUACAUGUAUUUUUAUAGUGACCUUUUGUUGUUUCAGUAGCACUGUGGUUUGUUAUGUAUUAUGUUAUAAAUUUUAUUAAAAAUUUUGCGUUCUUUAAAUUUUAUUUAGUUUUGUUUUACAAAAUUUAGAUUAAUUGUUAUAGUUAGGUAUGAAGUGCGCAAAUUAAAUUGUAUGAAACAAUCUUUCAUUUGUAUGACCAUUGUAUAGCAGUCAUUUGAAUUUAGUUCAUCUUAUGUAAUGUAAAGUAUUUUUUCUAUUAUAUUGUCCAUGCUUUUAGAAUUUAGUAUUUUCAUUCUUCAUUUUUAGUUUGUACGCCAAUAGAAAUUUUUCGACUAUAUUAGAUCAAAAUAUGACAAAACGACUGUUUUGGUACUUUUGAAGAAGACAAAAACUAUUUUAAGCU